AUGUUUUCCAUCUUGAGAUCUUCAGACCCUCCACGCACCAGGAAUGCUGAGAACAACCCGAUCUCGUACGAAGGCGGCCGGUCAUCAGUCACUUUCUCAGCUCCAGGCUCGCACUAUAUCAUGACGCAUAGGAUCCCUCCAACGAGCAAGGAGAACGGGGUUUCCAUUAUACAGCCCCCGUUCCACUAUCAUAUCUAUCAAGACGAGUUCUUUCAUGUCCGGUCCGGCAAAGGGCAUUUCUAUCGAGGGGUUGAAAAAGAGCCAUUCGCCAUCUUGUCUGACGAACCAGGCGGCCAGACGACAGCUUCCGUCAAGGCAGGCAAUUAUCAUCGGUUCGAAAAUGCCACCGAGACACGAGACUUGGUUGUCGAUAUUCACCUGUCACCCGAGUCGUACGAGAAUGAACAGCAGUUUUUCAGGAAUUUCUUUGGUUAUUUGGAUGACUGCAAAAUGGCCAAACGAGAGCCCAGCAUCUUCCAGCUCUUAGUCUUCCUACACAGUGCCGAUACUCCUCUAGCAGUUCCACUUCCAUGGGAGUUCCUGGGUCGCGUGGCCAGCAGAAUUUUGCUUACAUCGGCCGCCUACUGGGGCAGGGCCUUUUUACACAAACGACGUGUGCCGUACGUGGCUGAUCCAACAUAUCUUCAAACAUUAGACCUUUGGAUCCCCAGUCACGACAUCGAGGGUCUUGCAACCGCAGCAGAUUCCUCCGCCGGAAUCCCAUGUCGCGAAGGGCCGUGGAUUGUCUAUAUUCACGGUGGUGCCUGGCGCGACCCGCUCGUGGAUUCGUCUUCGUUCGAGGCAGCAGCCCUCAGAUUGCUAGAAAGAACACGCCAGGAAGGGCGUCCGUCUGUCGCUGGAGUUGCCUCUCUAAACUACCGUCUUUCCCAGCACCCUUUGCACCCGACGCAUCCUUCGCCUCCCCACGACCCCGAAGCUCCAGUCGAUGCUGCCCGCACCGCUAAACAUCCAGAUCACAUCUGCGAUGUUUUGAAAGGGUUAUCAUACCUGAAGAAGAUUGGAGCGCUCGGAAUGGGAUAUAUCCUUGCAGGACACAGUUGCGGUGCGAUGCUGGCAUUCCAGGCUGCAAUGGACCAGACACGCUGGGCCCUCGACAGAACUAUAUCGCUAGAAAAGCCACAAGUAAUCGUUGGCCUCAACGGGCUUUAUGACCUACCUCGGUUUCUGUUACGGCCAGAUGAGACUCAUAGUGACAUGGCUCCUAUCUACGAUGCCUUUACGCGAGGCGCCUUUGGGCAAGAUAAGGAGGUUUGGGCUUCUGCGUGUCCCACGGCUGUGGAAGACUGGGGAGCAGAAUGGCCGGAAGGGCGGAAGGUGGUACUUUCUCAGAGCCAUACUGAUGAGCUAGUUCCAUAUUCUCAGACGGAGCGUAUGAAGCUUCACCUCACUUCACGAGCAGCAACACGGUUGAAAGUCCAGGAGGUAGCGGCUACCGGGAAACACAACGAAAUGUGGCAAAGCCCUGAAGAACUAGUACAGAUCUUGCUGGCAGAAGUUGAAUCCUUUGAACAGUUGCAUUAG